AUGGGGCAAAGUCUGCGCUUGGUGACAGCAUGGCGUCCACAGGGCAGCAGUAGAAAAGCGGCAACUGCCGUACCUUCCAUUCUCCGAGACUUCUCCCCGGUCGGCGCAGGUGAACUUGACCUCCUACGAUCAGCGUCGACAGUCUCUGCUGUGCUUCUGGCGAUUUACGUUUACCGUCUGCUCGCCCCGAGCGCGAAAGGGUCUAUCAAGCAGCUCGGAGGCAUCCCAAUCAUUACUGCUUGGACGUUCUUCACCAAGCGGUAUGAUUUCUUGUGGGGACACUUCAAGAAGUCAACGGACCCACAUUUUAGGUUCCAGGUUCUGCAGCAUCAGGUCGUUGCCUUGAGAGGCGAGGAGGCACGUAAGGCAUUCUUCGACACGAAGAGCUUGGAUUUCAUCGAGGGCUACAAAAUCCUCAUGGGCGGCGCGCCCCGCCUGAACGACAUUGAUGUCAGCGACAAGGGCGGCGACGUCCCUUGGUUUAACAAGCAGCUCCUUUCUUUAUUGAAUAGGAAACGGUUGACUGAUGCUCUCCCCACCCUCCUGGACGACAUUAAUAAUCGUAUGCUUGGCUGGGGCAAGACAGGCAGCUUCGACCCUUUCAAGAACAUCUAUGAUCUCGUCUUCCAGAUGACUGUCCGAAUGGCGAGCUGUGCCGAGCUCGCCCAGGAUAUGGAAGUGCUCAACGAGGUGCAGAAGCUCUACUGGACGCUUGAGAAGAGCGCCACACCAACAGCCCUCCUGUUGCCCUGGUUCCCUGGCCCAGCGAAGAAAGCCAAGGAGGCUGCGACGAAGGAGCUGUUCAUGAAGCUCUACGGCUACGUCGAGUUAAGGAGAAAUGCAGAGGUACCGUCGUCGGACGCCAUUGAUGUGUUGAUUGGCCAGGGACUAUCAAGUCAGGAGAUAGUCGGGUUCGUCCUCGGUGUCGUUUUUGCAGGAGUUAUCAACACCGGUAUCAAUGCUUGCUGGGCGCUGGUCUACCUAGCCUCGCACAAAGACUGGAAAGCCAAAGCCAAGGCUGAGGUUGAUGCCCUCAUCGAGAAGCACACGAACACCUCAUCGCCCGAAAUACUUGCCAAGCGACUCGCUGCCAUCCCUGUGUCGGUCUGGGACGACGAGAUGCCCGUGAUGGAGGCCGUCAUCCGCGAAACGAUCCGCAUGACGCUGACGGGGACGGCGUUACGCCGGAAUCUCAUUGAGGAGCUCACGGUGGCGAAUGGAACGAUACAGAAGGGCGACUUUGUCGCGUACAGCAUUGCUGAUGUCCACUUGAACGACGAGAUCUACUCCGACCCGUACACGUUUGAUCCAACCAGAUUUGAUGCCGGCCGUGAGGAGGACAAGAAAGCGACCUUUGCGUAUAUGGGAUGGGGUGCCGGACGCCACCCGUGCACAGGCAUGAAAGUCGCGAAGCUGGAGAUCAAGGUCAUUGUCGCCAUGAUGCUGGCUGGGUUCGACUUCGACAUCGUCGAUAAGGCCGGAAAACCUAUGGCGAAGAUCCCGGUACCAGACAGGAAUGACAUUCAGCAGUCGAGACCCCUUGGAGAACCGUGCUAUUUCAAGUUCAAGAGAAUCGUAGACUGA